AUGACCUUAUUGUGGUUGGGUCCGGAUUUGCCGGCAGCUUCACAACUCUCAGCUUCCUCGAAAGCUAGGAAAGACGGGAAGAGAGGGAAGCGAUGUGGGGCUCUCAAGCGGGACGAUGGCAUAAACCUCAACUUCGACAAAGAUUGGAUGAAGGGAGUGAAGUUGGUUAGCAAGCACUUGGUUGAUCUCGAAUACUACGCAAAGCUGGGACAAACCGUGCCACUGUUGGCUCGGUAUCUUGAGGGCCAUGGCGUCACUCUCAAUCACUAUGUCGAGAAGACGCGUUGUUGGAAUUUGAUACAGAUCAACGCUUCGUCUUUUCCGUGGGCGGUUGCAAUGCUAUUAUUCAGAAAUGUUCGAGCAAUACAAUCAUACAACAAUCUCGACAUACUCCGGGAGACAGAAGCGACGAAGCGGCUGACUUCGCCUCAAGGAGCAAUCAGUGGUGUCAAAGUUCGCAAGUCUGAUGGUCUCCUGUACGAUCUCUCCUCUUCAAAUGUCAUGUGGCUUGUGCCGGUUUUGAAGCCAACCAAGAGAUGCUCACCAGAUGCGUUAGCAAUCAGACUGUCGACCUUUCCUCGACCACUCCUAGUCUCAAGUAUAGCCGAGGAGCUGGCCUCAUCAUACCUCUGGAACGCGGUGCUGGAACUGCUGGGUCCUUCGUGGUGGGUUCUUCGAUGGGAUGCACUGCGAGUUGGUCGAUACUCGGGACUACGCCAGAUGCGGUCGUGUGGGGACACAAGUACGGAACAGUCAUCAACAAGGACUGCAAGAGAUUUUAUGACGAGGAGCAAACCAGAUUGCCGGGCUCGCCAAUUUUCUCAAAUCGAUCCUCAGAAGCUCGAAACCACUGUCAAUGAGUUCAACGUCGCUGUCAAUGACAAGCCGUUCGAUCUCGUUGAUACUAAUUCGAGAGUUUUGCGUAGAAAGGGUGUUCCGAUUCCCGGUCUUUAUGCUGCAGGUGAACUCACGGAACGUUUCUAUCAUGGGUACCCGCAUGCCACAUCUUGCUUGAGAUCCAUGGCCUUUGGACGAGAGGCUGGGAUAGCGAUAUCAAAGAAGUUUGGUAAAGGUGUGCAGACCAACGGCAGGCACAAAUGGAGGAGGACGGGCGGUGUUCUAUCUUUGGCUACAUAUCGACUUCAAUUGAGUUCAAUUGUUCGCCGUGGCAAAAGUUCAUUCCGCUUUCAUUCCAAAUCCGGAACCGGGUGUCUAAGUGGGAGCCGAGAUUGAUUUCCAAAGUCUGGACUCUGGACUCUGGAGGUGUGUAUCUGUCUCACGUAAGAGUGCGGGUCAUCAACAUGCUUGGGAUCAAGUGAUCAUGUCCCACUUUCCAAUCAUUCCUCAGAUACUGAUACACACACCCACUGGCUUUUCCAUACAUCUCGAAGAUUUUUCAGCGGGAUUUACGGGCUUCUCACUGCAGUGUUCCUCGAAUUAAACCUACACCUCCGCGUCAAACAACUGUCAACAGUGUACUAAACUAAGCCAAUUGGAUCAGGAACCCAGUCUCUACUUGAGCGGGAUUUAUCAUCGUGCAAUCCCUUGAACUUGCAUCGGUGAUCAUAUAUUGAACCGUGUAACGCGUCCCGAAGGGGGAGAUAAGGACCCAAUUCGGACCCCGUCGUAUUCGCGCAGCGGAAGUAC